GCUUCACAGUUCUAGGGCGCAGAGGAGGUAACGAGAGGAUGUGGGUGCUUUUAUAUCUGGUCUGAUAGGGUUGAGAGAGUGAAGUCUGGGCCGUUAGGGACCCGCAAGGACUUGAAGUGGCCUCGGCGGCAUCCGGAGCCCUAUCGGGCUCCCAUCGGGGUGCAGCUGCUGCCCGAGGCAGGGAGUGACAACCCAAGUGGCUCUCCUUCCUUUGUGUCCUGGGGCAGUGUACCCCGGGAGGGCAGUGCAAGGGCCGGGCCUCACCUUUGCGCCCCGGGCUGUACGGUCCGGUGGCGGGGUGACGUCCACGUCCCCGCCUCUCGGUGGUCCCGGGCAGUCUGCAGGCGCCCGGGGCUAGGGAGGCCCAGGUGGGGUACCUGUGAAGCCGGGAUCGCCCUUCGGAAGCCAGCGCUAGCUUUUCCCCUCUCCGCAGAGGCUGUUCUUGCUGAGAAGACCUCAAUGCAAAGGUCUGGCUCAUGAUUGACAGCUUAGAAGAGAGAGAAAAGUUUGAGGGAGCAUGGAUGCAAAAGCCCGAAAUUGUUUGCUUCAACAUAGAGAAGCCCUGGAAAGGGACAUCAAGACAUCCUACAUCAUGGAUCACAUGAUUACUGAUGGUGUUUUAACCAUAUUGGAGGAGGAAAAAGUAAAAAAUGAGCCCACUCAACAGCAACGAGCAGCCAUGCUAAUUAAAAUGAUACUUAAAAAAGAUAAUUAUUCUUACAUAUCUUUCUACAAAGCUCUACAACUUGAAGGGUAUAAAGAUCUGGCUGUCCUUCUUCACAGUGGCAUUCCGGUUAUCUCUUCUUCUAGUGGCAAAGAUUCAGUUGAUGGAAUAACCUCAUAUGUAAGGACAGUCCUGUGUGAAGGUGGAGUACCACAGAGGCCGGUUGUUUUUGUUACUAGGAAGAAGCUGGUGAGUGUAGUACAGCAGAAGCUCUUCAAACUGAAUGGUGAACCGGGAUGGGUUACCAUAUAUGGAAUGGCAGGCUGUGGAAAGUCUGUAUUAGCUGCAGAAGCUGUUCGAGAUCAUUCCCUCCUUGAAGGUUGUUUCCCAGGUGGUGUGCAUUGGGUUUCAGUUGGGAAACAAGACAAAUCUGGGCUUCUGAUGAAACUGCAGAACCUUUGCACACGGUUGGAUCGGGAUGACAGUUUCUCUCAGAGACUUCCACUUAAUAUUGAAGAGGCUAAAGAUCGUCUCCGCAUUCUGAUGCUGCACAAACACCCAAGGUCUCUCUUGAUCUUGGAUGAUGUUUGGGAUCCUUGGGUGUUAAAAGCUUUUGAUAAUCACUGUCAGAUUCUUCUUACAACCAGAGACAAGAGUGUUACAGAUUCAGUAACGGGUCCUAAGUUUGUAGUUCCUGUGGAGAGUGGCUUAGGAAAAGAAAAAGGACUUGAAAUUUUAUCACUUUUUGUUAAUAUGAAAAAAGCAGAUUUGCCAGAACAAGCUCAUAGUAUUAUAAAAGAAUGUAAAGGUUCUCCUCUUGUAGUGUCUUUAAUUGGUGCACUUUUACGUGAUUUUCCCAAUCGCUGGGAAUACUACCUCAGGCAACUUCAGAACAAGCAAUUUAAGAGAAUUAGGAAAUCUUCAUCUUAUGAUUAUGAGGCUCUGGAUGAAGCCAUGUCUAUAAGUGUUGAAAUGCUCAGAGAAGACAUCAAGGAUUAUUAUACAGAUCUUUCCAUCCUGCAGAAGGAUGUUAAAGUGCCUACGAAGGUGUUAUGUAUUCUCUGGGACAUGGAAACUGAAGAAGUUGAAGACAUACUGCAAGAGUUUGUUAAUAAGUCUCUUUUAUUUUGUGAUCGUAAUGGAAAGUCAUUUCAUUAUUAUUUACAUGAUCUUCAAGUAGAUUUUCUUGCAGAGAAGAAUCGUAGCCAGCUUCAGGAUUUACAUAAGAAGAUAGUUACUCAGUUCCAGAGGCAUCACCACCUCCACCCCCUUUCACCAGAUCAGGAGGACUGUAUGUACUGGUACAACUUUCUGGCCUAUCACAUGGCCAGUGCCAAUAUGCACAAAGAACUUUGUGCUUUAAUGUUUUCUCUGGAUUGGAUUAAAGCAAAAACAGAACUUGUAGGCCCUGCUCAUCUGAUUCAUGAAUUUAUGGAAUACAGGCAUAUAUUGGAUGAAAAGGAUUGCACAGUCUGUGAGAAUUUUCAGGAGUUUUUAUCUCUAAAUGGGCACCUUCUUGGACGACAGCCAUUUCCUAAUAUUGUGCAAUUGGGUCUCUGUGAACCGGAAACCUCAGAAGUUUAUCAGCAAGCUAAGCUGCAGGCCAAGCAAGAGGUCGAUAAUGGAAUGCUUUACCUGGAAUGGAUAAACAAAAAAAACAUCAAGAAUCUCUCUCGCUUAGUUGUCCGCCCCCAUACAGAUGCUGUUUACCAUGCCUGCUUUUCUGAGGACGGUCAGAGAAUAGCUUCUUGUGGAGCUGAUAAAACCUUACAGGUGUUCAAAGCUGAAACAGGAGAGAAACUUCUAGAAAUCAAGGCUCACGAAGAUGAAGUGCUUUGCUGUGCCUUCUCUCCAGAUGACAGAUUUAUAGCAACCUGCUCAGCGGAUAAAAAAGUGAAGAUUUGGAAUUCUAUGACUGGGGAACUACUAUAUACCUAUGAUGAACACUCAGAGCAAGUCAACUGCUGCCAUUUCACAAACAACAGUCAUCACCUUCUCUUAGCCACUGGGUCAAGUGACUAUUUCCUCAAACUCUGGGAUUUGAAUAAAAAAGAAUGCCGAAAUACCAUGUUUGGCCAUACAAAUUCAGUCAAUCACUGCAGAUUUUCACCAGAUGAUAAUCUUUUGGCCAGUUGUUCAGCUGAUGGAACAUUAAAGCUUUGGAAUGUGAGAUCAGCAAAUGAGAGGAAAAGCAUUAAUGUCAAGCAAUUCUUCCUAAAUUCAGAGGAGCCUCAAGAGGAUAUGGAAUUGAUAGUGGAAUGUUGUUCCUGGUCUUCUGAUGGUGACAGGAUAAUGGUGGCAGCAAAAAAUAAAGUCUUUCUUUUUGACAUUCAUACCAGUGGCCUAUUGGCAGAAAUCUACACAGGUCAUCACAGCACUGUCCAGUAUUGUGACUUCUCCCCCCAUAACCAUUUGGCAGUGGUGGCUUUGUCUCAAUACUGUGUGGAGUUGUGGAAUAUAGACUCACAUUUAAAAGUAGCUGAUUGCAGAGGACAUUUAAGUUGGGUUCAUUGUGUGAUGUUUUCUCCUGAUGGAUCAUCAUUUUUGACAUCUUCUGAUGACCAGACAAUAAGGCUCUGGGAGACAAAGAAAGUAUGUAAGAACUCUGCUAUAGUAUUAAAGCAAGAAGUAGAUGUUGUGUUUCAGGAGAAUGAAGUGAUGAUUCUUGCAGUUGACAAUAUAAGACGUCUGCAACUAAUUAAUGGAAAAACAGGUCAGAUUGAUUAUCUGACUGAAGCUCAAGUUAGUUGCUGUUGCUUAAGUCCACAUCUUCAGUACAUUGCAUUUGGAGAUGAAGAUGGGGCCAUUGAGAUUUUAGAACUCCUAAACAGCAGAAUCUUCCGAUCCAGGAUUGGACAUAAGAAAGCUGUACGACAUAUCCAGUUCACAGCUGAUGGGAAGACUCUUAUUUCAAGCUCUGAUGAUUCUGCAAUUCAGGUAUGGAAUUGGCAAUCAGAGGAAUAUGUUUUUCUGCAAGCCCAUCAGGAAACAGUGAAAGACUUCAGACUGUUGAAAAAUUCAAGACUGCUGUCUUGGUCUUUUGAUGGAACAGUGAAGGUAUGGAAUAUUAUUACUGGAAGGAUAGAAAAAGACUUUGUCUGUCACCAGGGUACAGUACUUUCUUGUGAUAUUUCUCCUGAUGCUACCAAAUUUUCAUCUACCUCUGCCGACAAGACUGCAAAGAUUUGGAGUUUUGAACUUCUUUCUCCUCUUCGUGAAUUGAGGGGCCACAAUGGCUGUGUGCGCUGUUCUGUCUUCUCUGUGGACAGUACCCUACUGGCGACUGGAGAUGACAACGGAGAAAUCAGGAUAUGGAAGGUCUCAAACGGUGAGCUUCUUCAUUUGUGUGCUCCGAUUUCAGUAGAAGAGGGAGCUGCUACCCACGGAGGCUGGGUGACCGACCUUUGCUUUUCUCCAGAUAGCAAAACGCUUGUCUCUGCUGGAGGAUAUCUUAAGUGGUGGAACGUUGUCACUGGGGAAUCUUUACAAACCUUCUACACAAAUGGAACCAAUCUUAAGAAAAUACACGUGUCUUCUGACUUCAAAACAUAUGUGACUGUUGAUAAUCUUGGUAUUUUAUAUAUUUUACAAAUUCUAGAGUAAAACAGUUAAUUUGAGCAUUAAUGUAAGUUGAACUUUAUUAAAUUUUGAAUUGGGAAAAAAUUCUAAUGAAACUGUAUUUCAACUUUCUGUAAAGCUGUGAAUUGUUUUGCAGUAUUGCAUUCUUUACAAAAGUGUUUGUGUUUGGAUGAAUAAUAUUAAUGUAGCUUUUCCCCAAAUGAACCCACCUUUAAUCUUGUUUUUUGUAAUCAUCAUCAUUAUUUUUAAGUUUGUCGUUAAGGUGCAAAUGAAAAUGUAAAUAAGUAACUUGUUAUAUUAGUAAAAUUCUCCCUUGAUACAUUCAAAUUGGUUGACAUAAUUAAUGAGAAUAAUUUGAAGUAAAUCUAUAUUUUAAUACUAUCAUUAUGCAGGCUUUACCUCAGGGUAGCAGUGGCCCUGUUUUCAGAACAACACUUCCCUAAGGGAGUAUAGUUCUCCUAAAUAUAAUCUUGGAACUUAUUUGCACUCCUUAAAUUUGUUUUAAAAAUAUUGUGUCUGUGUGCACAGUCUACAACAUUUCUUUUAAUUGAUUCAGUUAGUGAGUCUUGGAUUUCAAAAGUUCUUUUUAUGAAGUAAAAAUAAUGUGUGUUGGAAAGAGUAUUUUAUUGGUUUACCUUUUUGUCUCCAUAGCUGAUGGCAGCCCCACGCCAUAAUUGGACUCUAGUUGUCAGUAUCUGUGUUGGGCACUAUCCAGCUCUCUUUGGUUUUACAUACCAGACUUCUUAGUUACCUGUACUUGACCGUUCUUAAUCCUUGCUUUUUUCUUUUCUUUUUUUUUUUUUUAAGCCAUUGUUCCUCAUUUAAAUGUUAGUAAGUCAGAAUAACUUGGGAGGGGCCAAUUUUAAUCAUAAGUUUUAAUAAUGGGACUUUUCAAAGAAAUGUAAAAUAGUAUAAAGUUAUCUUAUUUUUAUUUUCCCUUUUUACUCUUAGAAGAAUGGCAUUUUCAAUGCUUUUUUCUUAGUGAAUUUCAACAGUGAAUUUCUAUGGUUUUUUACACUGUUCCAGGAGUCUUUGUGACUCUAGACGAUGUCAGCUUUAGCCUUCCAACCUUCCUUUCAACCAACCAAUCUUCCUUCCCUUUUUGUCCCCACCCCCUUCCAAGUUUAAUCAGGAAACAUAGGUUUUUUUUUUUACAGGGAAUCAAUAACUAGCUAUUUUUAACCUCCUGAACUAGGAGCUUUAAUUGAAAGAGAAAUCUAAAUAUUUUCCUUGAAAUAUAUUGUUAAAGGAAAUGGAGAUAGAUUAAUAAUAAUUGUAGUUUUCAUAUAAAAAAUAACUAAAAUUCAAAAGUUAUUGUUUCUGCAAUAGGAACUAAAUGAAAUGAGUAUUAGUAUUAACAGUAGGUAAGCAAUGAACCUAUUUCUAUUUUGGGUGCAUUUGAGUAGAUGUGGGGGGGUAGGGGGGGAAUAUGACCACUCAGAUUUUAGAUUAGAUAUUCCCAUUUAGCAUUUGAGGGAACCAUAAGUAGAGUGAAUAAAAAUCUUUUAUGUAGUUGACCAAUUUUUUUUGUGUGAGGGGUUGAGGGAAUAGUUUACAAGCUUAGUGUGAUUUAAGCAAAUGUGACAAGUGAAAAAUCUGAAUUUUAUAAAAAGGAAUUUCUGUAAGUGGUUCGUUCUGCUUGGAAUUUCCAAAUCUCAGUUUGAUUUGUAUACACUGUUUAGGAACUCAUCUCUUCUAUAGCUUAGAGUAUAAAAUACUAACUUUUGGAAUUGGAGACACAUGAUUGUUAAAGUAUAACAACAGACAUCAGCUUUUAAAAAGCCUUGAUUGGCCCUUGUCUUAAAGAGAAAUAAGAAUAAAACCACAAAAAACAGGAAGACCAACGGUAACAAAAGGAAAGAAGCAAAUCCUAGUAUGAGAAACCUGCAAAUUUCAUGGCACCUCACAGAGUCAGUCAAGAGAACUUUGUUUUGUAGCUUGCAGAUGAGCAUUUUCAAGCAUUUUUUUCCUGCUUCUUCUUCAUUUUUUGCAUUGGAAAUCACAUUGAACUUUGUACAAAAAUUUUUUUACAUAGUAUGUGUCUUGUAUGUUUUGAAAACUGUUAGUUUUGUAUUUAUGAUAUAGUUUAC